UAAUGGAAAUAUUACACUUGGCAUUACUAAUUGUAAUUUCUAUUAUUUGCUUUAAAAUUGGUUAAGGAGUGGGACAAAAAGAAGUUGAAAAGCAAUAAUCACAAUAUAUCUAGGUAGAUAAUAGUUUAAAAUUAAUUAGUUGCAAGAGAAUGAAUAAUUAAUUGAAGAAAUUGAUGAAGAUUUUAUAAAAUAAGUAGAGCAAUAAGAAUAAGAUUUAAAAGAAGCAAUUAAGAAGUUCAAUGAGAUUAAUCAAAGAGAUAAGUAGUUAUAGAAAUAAUUGAAUGAUUUAAAAAAUGCAUAAACGAAUAAUGCUAAACCCAAGGUUCAAUAACAUGGUAGUUAAUUUAAUGAAAUAUUUAGAAUUAUUAAGUGAUAAGGAUUUUGAUAAUUUAUUAGAUGAAGGUUUUGUUGUAGACUAGGAAAUCAAUGAAACAUAAUUAGAUUAAGAUUUAAUUGAAGCUAGUAAAUGA